CUCCUCCUCCUCCCACCUUCUCUCUCUAAGAAGCUGCUCUCAAGUCUGAACUCUCUCUCUCUCUCUCCUUGCAGUUAGUUGCUCGUGAUCCAUCGAAGAGCUCAGUGACGACGAAUGUGAGCGAUUCGAUGGAGAAGACAGACCAAUUAGAUGAUGAAGACCUUCAGAAACUAGAUUCCGUUCUCGAAAUAGCAUCAACCAGUUCUACCGUCUCAUCAACACUCGGUACCGACGAUGUUCCCGCCGGCGAUCUUUCAACCUCUGGCGGAAGCUUCGGAGAUGUUCCUUCGGUUUUAGUAGCGGAACCUGUCAUUCCGAGGCUAGACGAGCUUCCGGCGGCGAUGGAAACGGUGACUGCAGCGGUCGUAAGGGAGAAGUGCGUCGGGAGAAACAAGGCCGUUGCGUGGGGAUUCACAUCGCUAAUCGGACGGAGGAAGGAGAUGGAAGACGCUGUUGCCGUCGCUCCUACUUUUAUGUCAACGACCUGUGAAAACGUAGGCGGUUGUACUGCGCCUGGUUCACGAAGCUCGUCUGAGAUCUCACCUCUCCAUUUCUUCGGCGUCUACGACGGCCACGGCGGAUCUCAAGUGGCAAGAUUUUGUGCAGAGCGAAUGCAUGAAGUGGUGGGAGAGGAGUGGAAUCGAGCAACGGUAGUUGAUGGAAUUGAUUGGCAUGAGAAAUGGAAAGCAGUUUUCUCAAGUAGCUUUGAGAGAGCAGACAGUGAAGUAGUCAUGGCUGGAGGAGAAGCAACUGAAAUGAUUGGAUCCACAGCUAUUGUAGCUGUUAUAUCAGCUUGUCAGAUCAUUGUAUCCAACUGUGGUGAUUCAAGAGCUAUUCUUUGUCGUGGAACUCAAUCAAUCCCAUUAUCUGUUGACCAGAAGCCUGAUAGAGAAGAUGAGCUCACGAGAAUUGAAGCUGCAGGAGGAAAAGUCAUAAACUGGAACGGUGCUAGAGUUUUUGGUGUUCUUGCCAUGUCAAGGUCUAUUGGUGAUAGGUAUUUGAGGCCUUGGAUAAUAUCUGUUCCGGAAGUAAGUUUCACAAGAAGAAUGGAUGAUGACGAAUGUGUGAUCUUAGCAAGCGACGGUCUUUGGGAUGUAAUGUCAAACGACGAGGUUGCUGAGGUGGCACGUCGUGUUCUAAGGAGACGUCGCAGGGCCAAUACUACUACUACUACAACUGAUGAUGCCACCAUGUCAGCAGCCCAAUACGUUGCCGACGCUCUCACUGAAAUCGCAAUUGGAAGGAAUAGUUCAGACAAUAUCUCUAUCAUAGCUAUUGAUCUUAAAUCAAAGAGAAAGAGGAUUCAAAAGAAUCCCAUUUCGUAAAAUCUCUUAAUUUGGACCUGCUGCUGAUGCUGCUUUAGAAGAAUAUAUAACAACAACAACCACCCUUGAAAACUACUAUUACUAUAUAUCAAACCAUCGUUUUAUCGGUUUGAUUAAUCUUUCUUUCUUUCCUUACUUCCUCAGAGCACUUAGAACAUGGAAGAUGUUAUGAGGAACUGGAAUUUUUUUCUUCUUUGUUUUGUUUUGGGUGUUUGUUUACUUGAUUCGUUAUUCAUGUGUCUGUAUGUACAGUGCUGUAGUAGUGUAGAAAGAAUCAGCUUGUACAGGAAAUGGUCAUGGGCAAUCGUCGAUAAACUGACUAAGAAAUAUGCAGCCCCCCCUUAGAUGAGAUGUUUUCUACUGCAUUGUGUGUGUGGAUGGAUUUAUGACAUUUUCAUUUGGCUGUGGCUUUCAAAUUUCAGUUUCAUUUUGUA